AUGGAAGAUAACUACAGAGACAGGACUUCACUAGUGAGAGGUGCUAAGGACAUAGCUAGGGAAGCAAAGAGACACACACCCAAAAGUGCAAAUAAACCAAGAGAAGUAGAACGUGAUGGAUAUGUCCACAGAGUCGAAGAUCACUUCCCAGACGAAGAGGUAUACUAUACACGUGGCAACUACAAUGAAGAGGUCAACGAAGAUGAAGGCUCUAGUGAAGCAACAGAAGGCCAUGAUGAUGAUGAUGAGAUGUAUGAUGGGGAGUAUCAAGGAAUUCCUGGUCAAGCAAAGGAUGGCAUUGUUGCUCUAGGUCAAGUCAUUCCUGAUGAAAAUAAGGCUCGAGAUGAUCUAGAAAGUGAAAGGAAAGCUGAUGAAGAAGAGUUAGCACAGCAAUAUGAACUCAUUAUUCAAGAAUGUGGACAUGGCCGAUUUCAGUGGAUCCUCUUCUUUGUGCUUGGCAUGGCUCUAAUGGCUGAUGGAGUUGAGGUGUUUGUAGUUGGAUUUGUGCUGCCAAGUGCAGAAACCGAUAUGUGUAUACCAGAUUCUGGCUCUGGCUGGCUUGGCAGUAUAGUGUAUCUGGGAAUGAUGAUUGGAGCAUUCUUCUGGGGAGGCCUAGCAGAUAAAGUAGGACGAAGGCAAUCUCUCCUCAUCUGCAUGUCUGUCAAUGGAUUUUUCGCCUUCCUUUCCUCAUUUGUCCAAGGAUAUGGAUUCUUUCUACUCUGCCGAUUACUUUCUGGAUUUGGUAUUGGUGGGGCCCUUCCAACUGCAUUUUCCUACUUUUCGGAAGUCCUUGCAAGAGAAAAGCGAGGAGAACAUCUGAGUUGGUUGUGCAUGUUUUGGAUGAUUGGAGGGAUAUAUGCUUCAGCCAUGGCAUGGGCCAUCAUUCCGCAUUAUGGAUGGAGUUUUAGCAUGGGAUCGGCCUAUCAGUUCCACAGCUGGAGAGUGUUUGUCAUUGUAUGUGCACUACCUUGUGUCUCUGCGGUCGUGGCCCUCACAUUUAUGCCAGAAAGUCCACGAUUCCUUUUAGAGAUUGGAAAACAUGAUGAAGCCUGGAUGAUCUUGAAACAAAUUCAUGACACAAAUAUGAGGGCUCGUGGGCAGCCGGAGAAAGUAUUUACGGUCCAUAGAAUUAAGACUCCAAAACAAAUAGACGAGCUUAUUGAAAUCAACACAGACACAGGCACUUGGUACAGAAGAGGCUUUGUAAGGAUUCACACUGAAUUGUAUGGUAUUUGGGUAACUUUCAUGAAAUGCUUUGAUUAUCCUGUCAAAGAAAACACAAUCAAACUGACAAUCGUGUGGCUCAGUCUGUCGUUUGGCUACUAUGGAUUAUCCGUCUGGUUCUCUGACGUCAUUAGACACCUGCAGGCGGAUGAAUACGCCCUGAGAGUGAAAAGCUUUAACGGAGAAAAUAUUUCAAACUACCAUUUCAACUUUACUCUGGAAAAUCAAAUCCAUAAAAAUGGAGAAUUCAUCAAUGACAAGUUCAUUUCAAUGAAGUUUAAGGCUGUAGUGUUUCAAGAUUCACUAUUUGAACGAUGUUAUUUUGAAGACGUGACGUCACUGAACACUUACUUUCGAAACUGCACUUUCACACAUACAGUCUUUGUGAACACAGACCUUGAAAAAUUCAAGUUCACUGAUAGUGAAUUAAUAAACUGCACAUUUCACGAUCAAAAGGUGGGAUGUCAGAUGACGUUUGAUGAUGACUACAGCGCCUACUGGAUCUACUUUGUGAAUUUCUUGGGAACACUUGCCGUCCUUCCAGGCAACAUUGUCUCAGCGCUUUUGAUGGACAAAAUUGGUAGACUAACAAUGCUGGGAGGAUCUAUGGUGCUCUCUGGCAUUAGCUGCUUCUUGCUCUGGUUUGGUACCAGUGAAUCCAUGAUGGUGGGAAUGCUGUGUGUUUACAAUGGUCUUACCAUUUCUGCUUGGAAUUCUCUGGAUGUGGUGACAGUGGAGCUGUACCCGACAGACAAGAGGUCCACAGGUUUUGGCUUUUUGAAUGCACUGUGUAAGGCAGCAGCAGUGCUUGGAAACUUAAUAUUCGGUUCACUUGUGGGAAUCACUAAAGCCAUACCCAUACUUCUGGCCUCAGCCGUGCUGGUAUGUGGAGGUCUGGUGGGACUUCGACUGCCGGACACAAGAAACCAGGUGUUGAUGUAA